AUGAACGUGGCUGAUUGUUCGGUGGGGAAUAACCCAUUAAUGCAACUUAAUAAACAAACUCAGAAUGAUAAUUUGUUGAUGCAGAAUUUGAGUCCUGGGAAUGUGAAUUCAAAAUUUAGGAGUGAAAAUAUAUCACAACAAUUUAAGAGCCAUGUACGAGGUGCUAAUGAAGACCAUAAACAGUACAUUAACGAUUUUAUGAAUAGAAAUAGUUUAAAUGAUAAUAUAAUAAAUGGUGACUCAAGUUUAGAUUAUUUGAAAAAUCGUGAAACAUACAUGGAUCCAUCUGGAGGACAAUCGAAUUUCUCAAACCAAAUUAAUAACAAUGUAAUGAAAGGUGUUCGUGACAGUGAAUGGGCAAAUGAUUUUCGUAAUGGAAAACAAAAUAUACAGCAGUUUAACAAUAACAAUGAUAUGCAGCAUCUUCAAUCAGGCAUUUCACACCCUUUAAGUGCAUCGCUUAACAUUCAGAACAGAAUGAUGCCAAUGAUGGCAACUGAUGGUUUAAUGAAAAGAAGUUUAAACAGAAAUAUAAAUGGUCAAAAUUUGAUGGAUAAGAAUGAUUGGGAUGAAAGAUUUAAGGAGUUAGAGAAAGAGGUCUCUGAGAAUUUAAACAUUAAUGAUGAUGAAAUUGAAAGUGAAGCUGUCAUAGAAACAGAAAUGAAUGAUAUGAACGAAGAAGUAGUUGAGGAGAAAUAUAAAAACGCAUUCCAAGAAGCAUGGGAUAGCAUCAGUAAAGAUGCCGAGGAUUUAUUACCGGAUGGGUUGAAUCCAGAUGCAUGGGAGACGGAACAUCAGCAUUAUUUCCAUAGUAAGUUGAACCAAACUGGGGAUUAUAGUUUUGCUAAGACUAAUGAAUUUUUACAUAAUCCAAAUGCAUACGAAAUAGGUUGUAUGUUGAUGGAAAAUGGGGCUAAAUUAAGCGAAGCUGCACUGUCUUUCGAAGCAGCAUUACAAGACGACCCAUCUCACGUCGAUGCCUGGUUAAAGCUGGGGUUAGUCCAAAUACAGAAUGAAAAAGAAAUUCAUGGCAUUAGUGCAUUAGAGAAGUGUUUACAACUUGACCCUAAAAAUCUAGAUGCAAUGAAAAAUCUAGCAAUUAGCUAUAUCAACGAAGGUUUUGAUGUCAGCGCAUUUACCAUGUUAAACAGAUGGAUCGAAACUAAAUAUUCAUCUUUAUUGAAUUCGGAUGAUGGCAUAGAGAUGGCAUUCGAUCAAAAUAGAUAUAAAUUAAACGAAAUAGUCACAAAACAGUUUCUGAACAUUGCUAACAAGUUACCAAAUGCCGACGCCGAUGUUCAACUAGGACUGGGAUUACUUUUUUACUCUAACAAUGAAUUCGACAAGACCAUCGAUUGCUUCAAAACUGCUUUAGUCAUUCAUCCCGAAGAUGAAUUGAUGUGGAACCGUUUAGGUGCAUCACUCGCAAAUUCAAGUAGACCAGAAGAAGCCAUACAGGCAUAUCACAAGGCAUUACAAUUAAAACCAUCAUUUGUCAGAGCUCGCUAUAAUUUAGCUGUAUCCUCCAUCAAUAUCGGAUGCUAUAAAGAAGCUGCAGAACAUCUUUUAACGUCAUUGAGAAUGCAUGAAGUUGAUGGAGUGAACAACCAAAUUUCAUCAUUGUUCAACGACUCAUCCAGUGGAGGAAACGAGAAUAUUUUGCAAACAUUAAAGAGAACUUUCAUCGCAAUGGGAAGACAAGAUUUACUAGAACACGUCUAUCCAGGAAUGAAACUAGAUUAUUUCCACAACGAAUUCACGUUUUGA